GGGACACGGUCUCUGCCACCCCCCCAGCGACAAGGCUCCUCCUGGUUGGGAAGAGUGGAGCAGGGAAAAGCGCCACUGGGAACACCUUCUUCAGAGAACACGUGUUCAAGUCCAAGUUGACCAAGCUGAUGACCGUGAGCUGUGCACAAGCACAAGGGCUCUGCAAUGGCAAGGACAUCACGGUCAUUGACACAGCCGGUAUUUUUCAUCCAAGAACUGCCAUCAGUGAGGUGUACAAAAAAAUUACUCAUUGCGUCAGGCUGUACUCACCGGGCCUCCACACGCUGCUGCUGGUAACCGAGCUGGGCCAAUUCAGAGUGGAAGACAAGGAGGCCGUGCGGAGACUGCAGGAUACUUUUGGUGUUGAUGUUUUGAGGCACACGAUCAUCCUACUCACCCAUGCAUAAGACCUGGCGGGGAUGUUUCUGCACGAUUACCUGCAGUAUUGAGGCAACAGAGCGCUCCAGGACCUCGUCCUGUGGUGUGGGAGCAGGUACUGUGGCUUCAACAACAGAGCAGUAGGUGCCAAAUGGGAGCAGCAGGUUGUCAAGCUGAUGGGGAUGGUCUCCUGCGUGGUGUGGGAGAACAGGGGCAAGUGGUACAGCAACGACAUGUACUUGGAGCCCAGUUUAACAGAAGAGAAAGUGGAGUAUCACAUAGGGAGAUACAAAGCAGAGAGGAAAAUGAUGGAGCAGUCCAGAGCUACACCAUGCAGGAUAAUUAGCCUUCCUGCCCUCCAGCAGAUCAACGCUCCCGCCCAACCUGACAUCGUCUGCGAACUGACUGAGG